AUGGGUCAAAUCAUCGUCGACCACCAGCAGACUCCGGUGAGACACGGUCGUCUGCGGCUAUCGACUGGCGUCCGUCUUCACUAUUACACUGCAGGAAGUGGUCCCGCCGUACUGCUUCAGCAUGGAAUCCCGAAAACAUCAUACUACUGGCGCAAAGUGCUACCGUACCUGAGUCCGCAUUUCACAUGCGUUGUACCGGAUUUACGAGGAAUCGGGGACUCUACCCACCCGGACAGCGACUACUCGAUGGCGACAGUUGCGGACGAUAUGGCUGAGCUAAUGCAGCAGCUUGGCCACGAGAAGUACCACGUUGUUGGAGAGGACUGGGGCGCCGCAGCGGCCUACCAGCUUGCAGCUCGCUAUCGAGACCGUGUACUUUCGCUGAUAUUCCAAGAGAUGCUGCUUCCAGGCUUUGGGCUUGAGGAAUGGGCGACCUUUGAUAGCGCGCGCCCCGAGACACACCUGUGGCACGUCGCCUUCUACAGUGUACGCGAUGUACCCGAGCUCCUGAUUACCGGGAGAGAGCGAGAGUACUUCACUUGGUUCAUCAAGAACGAAGCGUAUGAUCCAACGAGCAUAGCGGAUGAUGCAAUUGAGGAGUACGUCGCAAAAGCGAGUCAGCCAGGUGGCUUGCGUUCCCUAUUCAACAUCUACAGAGAGACGGCUGCCAAUGUGCGAGACAAUAAGGCUGCUGCAGAGAAGAGGUUGACUCUGCCGGUCCUGGCGAUUGGUAGCAAAGACUUCAUUGGCGCAGAGGUGAGAUCACAGAUGGAGAACGUGUGUGAGGAAGGAGUCGUCACGUACAAGGAGCUAGACUUCGGUCACCAACUGGCAGAAGAGUGUCCGGAGGAGCUUGCAAAAUUGUUCUUAGAUUUCCUGGGGAAGGCCGCCAAGACCAAUACCAAGUAA